AUCCUUCUUCACACAUAGUAUCACUCCCCCCCCCCCUUUCCUUUAACAGAUGAACUAAAACCACCAAACUCCCAUUUUUAUCACCCAUAAAUAAAAAAAUAAUUAAAGAAAAAAAUCCGCCAUUUCCAUUUCUCUCCUCCAUGAAAAUUCAGUCCAACCGCUUCACCUUUCUUCUAGAUAUAAUAAUGGCAGAAGAAUCGUGUGAAUUUCACUCUCAGAUUUGAUUACUGAUUUUUUCCCCAAAUUAAUGAUACUAAAUUUAGAGUUUACUUAGCAUAGUUUACAAGUUAUUCCAUGCUUUGACUCGCUAAUCACAAAGAAUCAACCAUUUUAGGUACUAAUUUAAGCUUAAUCCUUCUUGGGUUCCGUGUUAAUUCGUAAUUAUUGAGCUGAAAAAUUGAAAUUCGAUAAAAAUGGAGUUCCGAGGAAUUGAGAAGAAUAAUAAUUUGUAAGAGUUAGUGAAAUUAGGGUUUGGGUAUUUGGGGGUUUUUGAUCAUGCCGUUAUCGAUGAAGAUUCAGCCGAUUGAUGGAGCCGGAGACGAUGAAAUUCUGGUGAAUGAGCCGGUUAAGCCGAUGGUAGUAAAAUCACGGCUUAAACGGCUUUUCAGGAUUUCCGUUUCUGAGCCGGUUCAUCCUCCAGUACGUGCCUCAGCCGACGUGUUUGAGCCGAGCUCAGUUUGUUUAGCUAAAAUGGUGCAGAAUUUCAUUGAAGAAAACAACGAGAAAGCUCCACAAUCCUCUGCGGUAAGGUGUACGAGACAUCGGUGUAACUGCUUUAAUGGAAAUGGAAGUGAUGGUUCUGAUGGUGACUCUGAUACCACUGUUUCUUCUGCCGACGUCUGUGAUUUUCUUAAGAGUUUGAUGGUAUGUGCAAGUAUGAAUGAAAGGAACGUAUUAGCAGAUACAUCAAAAAUUAUUGCAGAGAAGAAGACAUGCAAAAGAAAAGAUGAAUUACGGAAGAUUGUUGUUGAAGGUUUAUUGGGUUUAGGUUAUGAUUCUGCAAUUUGCAAAUCAAAAUGGGAAAAAUCUCCUUCUUUUCCUGCUGGGGAGUAUGAGUAUGUAGAUGUGAUAUUGGGAGGAGAUAGACUGAUAAUCGACAUAGACUUCAGGUCCGAAUUUGAGGUAGCAAGAUCAACCAAGACAUACAAAUCAAUCCUUCAAACACUUCCUAACAUCUUUGUAGGAAAAUCCGACCGCCUUUCCAAGAUUAUAUGUAUUCUAUCUGAGGCAGCCAAACAAAGUCUUAAGAAGAAGGGUAUGCACAUUCCUCCUUGGAGGAAAGCUGACUAUGUUCAAGCUAAAUGGCUCUCUCCUCCAACCCGAAUCACCUUCGCCUCAACCACAGCUACUCCUCCUCCAAGCCCCCUCUCCCCGGCUAGCCCUGUCAUCAAGUCUGAUGCGUCGAGCCUUGGUAAAGCUAUAGGCCUUGAGAACAACCAAGCUCACGAGUCGAAGUUCAGCUCAAGCUCACCCUCACCCUCAUCAGAGUCUAUUUUUGACAUGUCCGAGAGUUCAGGUGAGGAGGAGGUCAAGGAGAAUGAGAAUAAAACUAAGAAAGGCUCCCAAGUUGAGGAUAAACUCAUUACUAGCUUAACUUCAAUCAUGGAGGAGAAAGAGAAACCAUAGAGGAAGAAAUUUUGAUCCUUUUUUUAUCAACUUUUUUGGGCCCGUUUUUCUUUACUUUGAGGGAGUUAGUUUUGUCUUUUUGGUUAACUACUACUAAAAAAGAUCAAAAGAAGUAAAAGUUUAUAGAGGGUAUUUUGUUCACUACUACUUCAAUGACUAUUACUAGUACUACAUCACAAUCUCCCUCUCCCUUUAGAGUUUAGCCCCUUCUAGUUUUUUGUUGUAAGGGUAUAUUACCUACUGAGAUAUGAAUCAUAUCAAUAAUACGCAAGCACAAAUAUUGUUACA